UGUACGCAAAAUAUUCGUAUAGUGUUUGUGCCGCACUAGCAAGUUUUUGUAGGUUACUCGAAAAAUGUUGUGUUCACCGCCGUGUGAAUUGCUCACGUUUUUAUUAGUCUCUCAGUCAUCUGUGAUAUUGCUCUGUUCGCAUGUGCGAUUUUUUAAACGUAUUACUAUUUUGGAGGCAAUGAAAGUCAUCGUCCAAGUUGCAAAUGUACCAGCAUCCGAGCAGGAGGAUCUAUUCAUUAGAAAGCUUAGACAGUGCUGUGUGGCAUUCGACUUUAUGGAUCCAGUGGCAGAUCUAAAGGGAAAGGAAGUUAAAAGAUGUACUCUUAAUGAAUUAGUCGAUUAUAUUACCGGUGGUAGAGGUGUUCUUACUGAGCCUGUAUAUCCGGAAAUUAUUAAAAUGAUAUCGGCCAAUCUUUUUCGUACAUUACCUCCUAGUGAGAACCCAGACUUUGAUCCGGAGGAGGAUGACCCCACGCUAGAGGCCAGUUGGCCGCACCUACAACUGGUCUAUGAAUUCUUCUUGAGGUUUCUAGAGAGCUCGGAUUUUCAGCCAACUAUAGGGAAACGUGUGAUCGACCAAAAGUUUGUGCUUCAGCUGUUAGAGUUAUUUGAUUCUGAAGACCCUAGAGAACGAGACUUCCUAAAGACAGUGUUACAUCGCAUAUAUGGAAAAUUCCUUGGUCUUAGGGCUUUUAUUCGGAAACAAAUCAACAACAUAUUCCUUAGGUUUGUGUAUGAGACUGAACAUUUUAAUGGUGUGGGUGAACUUCUAGAAAUUUUGGGUUCCAUAAUAAAUGGGUUCGCAUUACCUUUGAAGGCGGAGCACAAGCAAUUUCUUGUGAAGGUACUGAUACCUUUGCAUAAGGUUAAGUGUCUGUCGUUGUAUCAUGCACAGCUAGCCUACUGCGUCGUCCAAUUUUUGGAGAAGGAUCCCACAUUGACUGAACCAGUAGUUCGAGGACUACUAAAAUACUGGCCCAAAACCUGUAGCCAGAAAGAGGUGAUGUUUCUUGGAGAAAUUGAGGAGGUUCUUGAUGUCAUAGAACCGUCGCAAUUCACAAGGAUUCAAGAGCCGCUGUUUAGGCAGAUUUCAAGAUGUGUUUCCAGUCCACAUUUCCAGGUAGCAGAGCGGGCUUUGUACUUCUGGAACAACGAGUAUAUUAUGUCAUUAAUGGAAGAGAAUAAUCAUGUAAUCAUGCCAAUCAUGUUUCCUGCGCUUUACCGUAUAUCUAAGGAACAUUGGAACCAAACUAUUGUUGCACUCGUAUAUAAUGUGCUCAAGACUUUUAUGGAAAUGAACUCAAAAUUGUUCGACGAACUUACUGUUAGUUAUAAGGCAGAGAGGCAAAAGGAGAAAAAGAGAGAGAAGGAACGAGAUGAGUUGUGGAAGAAGCUUACAGAGCUCGAGUUAAACCAUAAUAAAAAUACGUCUGCACAACAUAAUAACAGCCCUCCCAGCAAAAAGUGAUAUAACAGCCUAAUGUUCCCCGCCCACUGCUAGCUGUGUGUCGGUAAGUAAGUCUACAAGUAAGACACUCUGCAAGUGGUCCCCUGUCAAAUGGAAGCAUGCUUCACAACGCCAAAAAAUGUACAUCUCUAAUAAAUCCACCACAUCAACUACAGUUUCUGCACGAAUCUGUUUUAUUUAAAUCUCCUUGUAUAAAUAAUCUACAUUAUUAAAGCUAGUCUUUUCCUUGUAUACACUAAAAUCGAUUUAGAAUUAUGUAAUAUUUUGACCAUUAAAAUCAUGGAUUUCUUUGCAUUAAUUUUUUUCUAAUUAUAUGUUCUUCAAUGCUGAAAAACCGUCAAGUUAUAAUUUCCAACCUCUUAAUGCUAAUAUAAUAAAAACUAUUGCAUUGAUAUUAUUUAUUUCUUGGCAUUGAAAAACAUAUUCUUAUACAGCGUAUUGAUAUUUUUUUGUGGAUUUUGGCAGAAAACCUUAAAUUGGUGUAGUGGCAUAAAAUGUGCAAUGUGUCGGAAGAUAAAAUGGGAGAAGUGACGACGAUCGGAUUGUACAUUUUAAAUUAUUGUGAAUGUACUAAGUCUUUCUACAAUGUUUGUAGCUGUGGACAAAGAACUAUGUUAAAAAUGUGCUAUAGUAAAACUAAAAACUGUAUAUAGCUAUUGAACAACCGUGGUUAUGGUUUGUGUUUGGACUGUGGUUGGUUAUUACAGUGACUUGUUAAUUCUGGGGUAUUAUUACCAAUAAAGAAAAUUAUCUAUAA